AGUGCAUUGCAUUUUUUUUAUUGUGUAAGCACCAUACCAAACUAACAGUACACUGUCUCGGUUCUUCUCUUUCGACUCUAGUAAAAGGUUUCUCCAUGAAGGAUCAUUUUCUUUAGGAUGAAUAGACAAAUCAUUUUAGAAGAGUUUCUUUUCAAGAAAUCCCAGCAGAAACGAAGAACCUCACCUUGCAAUUACAAACAAAGAUAUUUCGUUUUAAGUAAAGAUGAACUGGCUUACUUCGAACAUCGCCCUGGGAAAAAGCCGACACUGAAAGGCUCCAUUGAGCUCUCAAGAAUCAAGUGUGUCGAGAUUGUUCGAAGUGGCUGCUCAAUACCAUGCAGUUUUAAAUAUCCUUUUCAGGUUGUUCAUGACAACUACUGCUUGUAUGUUUUUGCACCCGAUAAAGAAAGCCGUCAUAGAUGGGUAUCUGCAUUGAAAGAGGAAACAAAAAAUAAUGUUUUAGCUCACAAAUACCAUCCCAACUUUUGGGUGGAUGGAAAGUGGAUCUGCUGCUCUCAGGCUGACAAGCUGGCUACAGGCUGUGUUGAAUACGACCCCACCACACCGACUCCCAAGCCACUACCUCCAACACCAGAGCUACAAAGGUGCUUCUCUGAUCCUGGGGAGCUUGUCGUGGUCGCCGUCCACGACUUCUCACCAGCAAGAGAGCAAGAUCUUCCCCUGUACAGGAAUGAGGAAUAUAUUGUCAUAGACCAGUCAGACCCAUACUGGUGGAUUGUUCAAGACACAAAAGGUGACCAAGGUUAUAUUCCAAGCAGCUACGUCAUUGUGAAGUCACCGGAAGGCAUAGAACAUCAUGAAUGGUACAACAAGGAUAUAACCAGAACAAGAGCUGAGCAACUGCUCUUCAAAGAGGACAAGGAAGGAGCUUUCAUGGUGAGAGACUCACGGCACGCUGGAGUGUACACAGUGUCUGUGUUAACAAAAGCUCUUGGAUCUAAUGGCGAAAAUAAUCCAAGGGUAAAACAUUACCAGAUCAGAGAGACCACAACAGGAGAAACAAAAUAUUACCUGGCAGAAAAAUACCUCUUCAGCUCCAUUCCAGAACUCAUAUAUUACCACCAGCACAACGCUGCAGGUCUCAUUACAAGACUGAGGCAUCCUGUUUCUACAAGGAGAGAAAGAGCUCCGAGACCAGCAGGUUUUCCAGCUGACAUAUUGGAGAUCGAGCCGUCGGAGGUGAGCUUUGUUGAAGAAGUGGGGAGCGGCCAGUUUGGGGUGGUGCAGCUGGGUUACUGGCACAGCAACGACAACCUGAAAGUCGCCAUCAAGAUGGUGCGGGAGGGGGCGAUGUCUGAAGAGGAGUUUAAAGAGGAGGCAAAAGUCAUGGCUAAAAUGUCUCAUCCAAAGUUGGUUCAGCUCUAUGGACUGGUUACCCAGACGGCUCCCAUGUGCUUAGUGUUUGAGUUCAUGGAGUACGGGUGCCUAUCCGACUACUUGAGGAAUCAGCGGGGAAGCUUUUCCCAGGAUACUCUGCUGGGAAUGUGUCUGGAUGUUUGCGAUGGAAUGGCCUACCUAGAGAGUGCCAAUUUCAUUCACCGGGAUCUGGCUGCAAGAAACUGUUUGGUUGGAGAGAAUCAAGUGGUAAAAGUCUCAGACUUUGGUAUGGCAAGGUUUGUCCUGGAUGACCAGUACACCAGUUCCUAUGGCUCUAAGUUUCCAGUGAAGUGGUCAGCCCCUGAGGUAAUCCAAUACUGCAAAUUCAGCAGCAAAUCAGACGUGUGGUCCUUUGGGGUCCUCAUGUGGGAGGUGUACAGUGAGGGCAAGAUGCCAUACGAGAACCAGUCAAACGGAGAGGUAGUAGCUUCAAUUUCAUCUGGCCUCCGACUUCUUAAACCCAGACUCGCUUCAGAGGACAUUUAUCAGCUGAUGGAGUGGAGCUGGAAAGAGAAACCAGAAGACCGCCCAUCUUUUGCAAUUCUCUUCCAUCAGCUGGCAGAAAUUGCUGAUUUCUGAAAUUAAGCUGUUGGAAGCCCAGAUGAAAUGGACAUAAACUGUAUAAAGAAAAGAAUAUAUAUAUAUUUAUACUGUAUUUAUUGCUUUUUCAGAUACCAAAAUUUACAUUGCAGUAGCAUACAAAAGCAGAAAAGCUACAAGGCUCUUAGACAAGGCCUUAACAAAAAUGGUUCAGGUGGGGAGCUGCGUCAGCAUGCGUAGGCUGCAAAGGAACAAGUAAAGAUUCCUUUGAAGAAGGAUCCACAGCUGAAACGUUGAUUCUUUUCUUCUCUUUUCAGCAUGGAUUAAACCUUUACCUGUUCCUUGACAGAAAUUGUCACAUGGUUGCUUAAUAAAUACCAUCCUGCAUUUGUGUUCUUUACAAUGUAAUUUAACAGUAAUCUUUUUCAGAAUCGACCAUGGGACUUUUUAUGGCUAUCAUGACAAGCUAUCCAGUCAUGUUGUUUAGGCCAAUAUCCUGGUUUCAUUCAAGGAAUGGCUGGAUGACAUCCCCAAUCAAGUAACUACUAAUUAACAAUUGGUAGUUUGAUAAUUAACUACUUUUGGUAUCAAAUGGGCUGAAUGUCUCCCUAUUGUUUAUAACCUUCCUUACAUCUUUGUUACUUGCUUGUACAAAUUCAGUUCUGAGAAAUAUUUUAAUCCUGACAUCUUGUAUUUUAAUUACAUUUUUCCUAUAGUUAAUUAUGAUUUCCAUAAACACCUACUCUUACAAACAGUGCAGCUUUAACAACCAUAAAGCUAAGAGCCAGGUUUAAAUUCUCAGUCAGAUGGUGACUCUGGCCUGCUGGUCCACAGCCUACAACAGCUGCAGGUUCGUUUUGCUCAGAGUAGGAGCUCCCAGCCUUGGUCCCGGAGAUCCACACAUCUGCUGAUUUGAGUGCUCCAGCUGAGCAAUCAGUUGAACCCCUUAACAGACCAAAUUAUAGGUGUAUAAAUGUGACUUCUUUAGUUGUUUUGAAUUGUUAAACAUGUAGGAGGCUGCCUUUUAAUGAUUGUGUUUCAAAUGGAACUUAAGGUAUCAAACCUUUCAGUCCAGAAAAUAUAGUUACAACGGUAACAACCAGGACAGUCACUGAUUCAGUUAAGGAUUUAUCUGCAGAGGUGUGUGAGGUGCAGGACUGGGGAUUUUCCAUUCCUGUGUUGGUCAGUCCCAUCAUUGCCUAGCUUCUAAUCAGGCUACAAAGUGGUACACUGACAGAUAAUGUCACACUAACACUUGUACAGAUGCUUACACACUGAUAGACCCUCAAACCUUUACAACGGCACACUGCUGUGAUGACAGAUAAUCUCACACUGACACUCUUACACUCACUCUAUUGAUCAUCCAUUAUUUUUAUUACAUUAUUUUUUUAGUUAUUUUUAGAUACUAUCAGAAAUCUGCAUAUUUCUGGUAUAGGUAAAGGUUGCGGUAACCUGCAGCCUAACACAGACAGACAGCGUACAAGGCAGAACUACACUCUAGAUGGGAGUCCAGUCCAUCGGGACUCACAGAAGGACCAUGUAGAGCACCAGUUAAACAGGCCUUUGGGAGGCAGGAGGAACAGAGGGGGGAAAUCUGAAUUGCCUGUUGUGCUAACCAUUAGCGUUGCAAGCAUUUGUCUGUUCAUAUGAAAGAGUGACAUCUAUUGGCAGUAAUUGAUUUUCUUGUGAAUGUGAUUGUUCAGUCUGUGCGAGAUUCUUUAGCUCUCACAACUAUUCCAAGAGUGUAAAAAGGUUAGCUUUGUUAAUGUAUUCAAAGGUUUUUGUUUUUAUUACUUUAAUUCCAUUAAGGAGGAAACAAUGGCUUAGUUGCAUUCGUUGCUAUGUGCAAUUUUAAAAUCCUAUUUUUUUAAUCCCUAUAUUACCUUCUUCAUGUAUUGAAUGCUCCUUCUAAUUUAUCUGAAAGCACUACUUUCUGUAUAACAUUCAAUUGUCUCCUUAUCUGUAAAAAGAAUAAGAAAUAUUUUUUCUAUAUCAACCCAGUCAUGCAGCUUAUUUGAACACGAUAAUACAGUAUAACACAUACUUUAAUAUUUUACAUUUUAGUAGUUAUCUUUACUUAUUGGUCUAUAAGUACCUUGAUUUUGUAAGUAAACAAUUAAAAAAUGG